AUUUCCGCCAUUGCAUCGUCUUGCAUCUUCACAUUGCCUCCAUUUUGCUCUCAUGUGUAUAGGUGCGUGCGCAGUGUCAGUGUAAACUGGAAGAGACAACAGGACUGAAAGCGGAGAGACACUGAGAAAUCCUUCAGAAAUGGACGGCAUCAGUGAUGUUGCAGUUGGCGUGAAGAGAGGAUCAGACGAGCUGAGUAUGUACAACAGUCCCAACUCUGGCAUGAGCAGUAUCAGUGAUGGCACCUCUAACGGUAGCGACAGCAAAAAGCUUCGGGUGGAGGAGGCCCCGCCGUCCCGCGUGCUCCACAUCAGGAAACUGCCGAACGAGGCCUCAGAGACCGAAGUCAUCGCCCUCGGUUUACCUUUCGGCAAAGUCACGAAUAUCCUCACGCUGAAGGGGAAGAACCAGGCAUUCUUGGAGAUGGGCACAGAAGAGGCGGCCAUCACAAUGGUCAACUACUACACCACCGUAACCCCUCAUGUGCGCAAUGUUCCUGUCUUUAUUCAGUACUCCAAUCACAAGGAGCUGAAAACUGAUGCUGGCAACCAGCGGACCCAGGCAGUCCUCCAGGCAGUGUCGGCGGUCCAAUCCGGCGGGUCACCAAGCUCAGACGUUCAGGAGGCUCUUGCCGCAGCCUCAAGUCCUGUCUUGAGGAUCAUCAUCGACAACAUGUUCUACCCUGUAACGCUGGAUGUACUGCAACAGAUUUUCUCGAAGUUCGGCACAGUCAUGAAGAUAAUCACAUUCACAAAGAACAAUCAGUUCCAGGCGCUUCUGCAGUUCAGUGAUCCUGUGAACGCACAGCAGGCCAAACUGGCACUGGAUGGCCAGAACAUCUACAAUUCAUGUUGCACACUGCGUAUUGACUUCUCUAAGCUGGUCAACCUAAAUGUCAAGUACAACAAUGAUAAGAGCCGUGACUACACGCGACCUGAGCUGCCUGCUGGUGACGGCCAGCCGAGCAUUGACCCUACGGUGGCCGCUGCUUUCAGCAAAGACUCCAACUCCCUCCUCGGUAAGAUUCCAGGAGCCCUGAACCCCCUGAGUGCGGCAGCUGCAGCAGCAGCUGCAGCAGGAAGGGUGGCCCUAGCUGGACAGGCGGGGUCCAGCGGGGUUCUGCUGGUCAGCAACCUCAACGAGGAGAUGGUUACGCCCCAAAGUCUGUUUACCCUCUUCGGAGUGUACGGCGAUGUCCAGAGGGUGAAAAUCUUGUACAAUAAGAAAGACAGCGCUCUCAUUCAGAUGUCGGACGCCAACCAGGCCCAGCUAGCAAUGAGCCACUUGAAUGGCCAAAAGAUGUACGGGAAGAUCAUCCGGGUGACACUGUCCAAGCACCAGACGGUGGCGCUGCCUCGUGACGGCCUAGACGAUCAGGGCCUGACCAAGGACUAUGCAAACUCCCCGCUCCAUCGCUUUAAGAAACCGGGCUCUAAGAACUUUCAGAACAUAUUCCCGCCUUCUGCCACCCUCCACCUCUCCAACAUCCCACAAGAUGUGUCAGAAGAAGACCUGCGGCUGCUCUUCUCCAACACUGGAGGCACUGUGAAAGCAUUCAAGUUUUUCCAGGAUCGUAAAAUGGCUCUCAUCCAGAUGUCGACAGUGGAGGAAGCCACCCAGGGUUUAAUCGAACUUCACAACUACAACAUGGGAGGCAGCCAGCACCUGAGAGUCUCCUUCUCCAAGUCCACCAUCUAAGAAACCUGAUCCACAAACUCCUGACAGUACCAGGGUUCACCACCUCUACGCUGGCUGUCGGCUACCUUUCAGACUCUGUCUGGACACUGUGGGGCACAUUGAUUGAAUUAGUUUUGUUGUUGGGGUUUUCGUUGAUCCUGUCAUUCCUUGAGACUGAAACCUUUGACUUGCAUCAUUUUUUAAAGAGAACAAUUGAGUACAUUGCAGAUACUGGAUCCUCCGGGAUAUUCUUUACUGUACCUCUGUAUUUUUAUGUCUAGCAAAAGAUUGAAGAUGUUCCCCCUACGAUAGUUUGAUGUUGAUCAGUGUUUUUAUUCUUGAUUUAGUUGAACAGAUACAGUAAUGUGCCUUACUUGACAGUAUCAACAGUUUCUACAGCUGGUCAUGUUUAUUAACUACCCUAUGCUUUUGAGGCACAUUGGUGUUCACUAUUUCCGAAGGUUAGCGAGACUGCAAGCUGUUUUAUCAUCCUCUGGACUUCAUCUUUUUUUUGAAAGCUCUGCCACAAACCAGGCGUAGCUUUUUGGUUUUGUUCCAGAGUUGUAGAUGCACAACCCUUUCCUUCUCAGUUUAGCAUUCGGUGAGGAUAGUCCUGGGGCAACUUGUUUGAGUUUUUACUCCAGCCUGUUUCAGGCAGUUGAACUUGAAUUCCAUUAUUUCUUUUUAUUACUUUCAGUUCAAGAUUGUUCUCCACUUUUGAAGUGACAUGGCGUCACAUAUCAUAACGUGGCUCAUGGCGAAGUAUUUCUUUGUGUUUUUCAAGCCUUCAAUGCUUCUUUUUCCCUAGCAGUGAGGUGUAAUCGUCAGUGACAAUGGUUUUCUAAGCAUGUAUAGUCAUGAUAGGAUCUUACAUCAGAAAGUGUUGCAUGCUGUGAAAACAGUUAGAAGAUGAAUCCACUGUGAAUUCAUUGUCAUGUGACAGUUUACUCGAGAGGGCUACUCAGUUGGACCAAAGUUUCUGUGCCUUUAGAGUUCCUUUAAUUCAUUUUAACAAAAAAGAAGAAAGCAUUUGAAAACACUGAAAUUUUGCAUUUCAGGGAAGAAAUGCGACAACAUUUAGCGGUGACCUUUUCCCCACUUUUUUUUUUAAUACCCAACAGGACCUCUUGACUGAAGGUGUUUGCUCAGAAAUAAUACUUAUGUAUAUUUUUUCUUCCAAGUCCAAUUUUAUACAGUUCAAAAUGUAAGGAUUUGGUAUAGUUUUAAAGAGGCACAAUUAAAGGAUGAAUUAUUUUCUAACAAGGAGAGGUGCGCCUUGGUUUCCUGCUUUUUGAGUUUUCCCUCUCAUGGUCUCUCGUGUAUUCUGCAUUACGUCUGUAGCAUGCCUAAUAAAACUAUUCUGUAGCUCUGCAUUCACCUCCUCUGUCUCUCUUCUCUGCUCUGUCUGCUCCGCUCACUUCUGAAACCAUCUUCAGUCCCAGGGUGGGAAGGAAGCCCAAAUUCAUUUUGGAGCCACUUGAAAACAAGCGCUAAUAAGCCAGAUUGAGCCCUCUGAUGGUACUAAUUCACAAGACAAGUAGUACAUUUUGUUGAUGCGUUUCCCACCCUGCCAACUGACAUAAUCUAUAUCUUUGAUGUCUUGCUUUCCUCUCCUCUGGUAGUUGCCUAUUUUCUAAUCAGUCUCUCAGGGCCUCUGCUAUCUGCUAACAAUCUAUCUGAUCUAUCUACUUGUUCUCACACCUUUAUCAAUUACUGAAUGGCCUCAGUUGUAAUAUUUCCAAGCUUUGCUGCCAGCUUUGGAGCCUGUGUGAGUGAAAUUACAUCAGGCACAAGCAUGGAUAAUGAGAUGUGCUGAGCUAAUUGAAGUCACAUUAUAAAGGUGCAGAUUCCUGGGAUAAGAUAAUGUA